CCACGUGUGUUUUCCCUUUCUGGGGUGUUCAGGGAAGCUGCUGCUGAAAGUGGAGUCUGGGAAUAUGGCAGUUCGAUUCCUGUGGAAAGCAGCAGCCGUGUUGGAGAGGCACAGGACUGGUUUUCUGACAAUUUCCUGUGCCGGACUUUUUGGUGCGAACUUGACCUUUCACCUUUUACCUGAGAAGACGUUCAGACCAUUGUAUCAGGCCUGGGCAAAAGGGAAGCCAGUGGAGCCUUCAGAAAAAUUACAGCGCCUGUUCCAUGACAUCCUCGGUGAUGUCACAGUGAAGUCAGCAAAUGGUUACCAAGCCUUCGUGGCGUUCAGCUUCCACCCGGUGAGCGCAGGACUUCCGUGGCUGCCUGUAGGCUGUGUUGUGGGCAUCCCCGCCAACUUCAGCAGCACAGCCAAUGACGAGCAUGGGAUCACCGACCGUGCUGUUGUGAUUGAAGGCAAAGAAGUGGACUGGGAGAGUACAGAAGGCCUGGCCUUGAAGAAAGCCUUGACGCUGUCUCCAGAGGCUCAGAAGUUUGCUAUCGCUAGAGAGAUUGUGUACUUGCAAAACAACAGCCCCUUACUAUGUGCAGCUGUGGCACCUGUAUGUCUAGCUGGGACUUACAUCUCUGGGGUAGCCAUAAAACAGCUCUUGGGCUUGUAUUCUGGCCCAGUGCUACUGCGAGGCCUUUACAACAUAGCCAUGAUGGCGAUUGGAUUUGUGGGCUAUUGUCUGUCAUACGACAGGGUGAGCCGCGCAGUAGAUUAUAAGGCAGACAAAAACACAGCCACCAUUUCCACCGACUUCGCUAAGGGUGGGGUGGAGUUCUACAAUAAAAUCCUGUCCCAGAACAAGAUUUUUCGUACACUCAUGGGCAAGCAAGGAGAGCGGAUCUAUGCCCCAAGUGGUAACCUUUUCCCAAGAUACUGGAUCAGAAUAAAACAUGCAUCGUACACGUCCAGAAGGGACUUGAUUAUCAAUAUUUUAAGCAUGCCCCAGGCAUAGGGAGGCCAUGAUUGAAUUUUAAAUGUGUAAAUUAAUAUAUUCUCUUUGGAACACUGCAGCGUGGUUUCCCCUUUUUUUUCUUAUGCUUUCAUUAGUGUUUCCAUUUUGGGGGGGAAACGGGCUUUAUUUUUAAUUAUUAUUUUGUUCAUGCCCUGUAUUCACUGAAUGCCUCUGUCUUAAAAAAUUAAAGCCUCACUUCAAAGGUUCUGUGUCCUACAUGCCUCUAAAAUCCAUCUUAAAACUCAGAGGGAGUGCUACUUGCCAGGCACCAAGCUGGAAGACACUGAGCUGGGAGAGCUGGCGCUCUCUUUAUUUUGCAUAAAAUGCAUAGGGCGGCACAUAGAACGUUGCGAUCUUGUUCCUAUGAAGGGAGCAAUGUGCGGAUUCUGCCAGAUAGGUGCAGAACCAUAACUUAGUGUCUUGAUCAUCUAAGGAAAAGGGAAAAAAUCAACUGUCAAGAACCAAUGCUUAUUAAAUAUUUCUCUAUAAACCAGGAAAGUUUUUUCGGAUUUAAAUAGGAUUUAACCCUGUUGAAGAUUGUGGGAGUGUUUUCUGUAGAGCUCCCUGUUGCUCCGGACUGCUUACUUUUGUUGACUCUUAAUGCUCUUCCUCCGUUCUGCUCCCUUCCUGUCGUUUGCUGCCCUGGCCCUUAUCAUAAAGUUCCAAAUUCCUUGAAAAACAAACUGCACUACCCAUUCUGCAGGAUAGGUCUGUUAGGGUGCACUCCUGUGGAUGUUUAGACAGAAAAAAAGCCCACAACUAACAGCAUUCCACAGCCAGCCAUGUUGAAGGAUUUUCUUCUGUCUAAACAUGCAUAGGAGGGCACCCUUUAGCACUGUCCCACCACUUCCAUCUUGCUGUAUUGGCUGACAACUGGGCAUGAAUUGUGCUGGGAGUGCUGAAUUGUGCCCUUCGUUUUGUUUGAGUGUAAAGCAGAAGUAUUGCUAGGCACAUAAAAGAUCAGAAAUACAUUCCCAAGCCCAUAGGGCACAAAUCUUCAUAAACUUUGUAUCUAUCUAUGCCAAUAUAUAAAUAAUUAGUAGGAUUUACUUAAAUUCAAAGAAGCCAAGUCAACCAAUUAAUUUCUUAUUCAAUAAGCUUUAAUGAAUUUGCACCCUGCACCAGAUCAUCCCAAACUAACGGGAAAGGUUUUUUCUAACGUUAAUUGCCAUGUCAGGAAAUUUGGGGUGGGGGGGAAGAGGCAUUGUAGCUGGUGGGAAGUUCAGCCUUCCCUCCCUAGCUGCAAUCCUCUUUGAAAAUCACCCCCUCCAUAGCAAUUGAGCUAAGAAAGAAUGUUCAUGGGCAUCAAUAGAUACUCAGAACUUUGGGGAAUAGAGUCCUAGGCUUUAACACUCAGACCUUUGGGGGACCUAGGCCUAGCAACACCCUUGGUGUGAAGUCCUCCUGUGUCUUGCACAGAAGUAUACAAUGGUCUGUUUUACAGUUCUCUGGUUUGCAGUGUGCUGUUGCUCCCUGUGUGUUGCAGUAGCCUCACAAUUGGGUGGGAUGCCCAGUUGAGGCCAUGUGGAAUCCACAAAUGUGCAAGAAUUAUUCGAAGUUCCAAGAAUUGAACUGUACAGCUGUACUUAACUGGUAUAAUA